AAGGACAUAUUAUAGAUUAGAUAGAGGUCUCGCCUCUCUAAUCGAGCCGCAUCCUCUCUCUCUCGCUCUCUCAUCUCCGUCAAGACAUAUUCAAAUCGAGAUCUAAACCCUAGAAGGUCUCCAGUUCUCAUCGCAUCUCUCCUUAGAACACCAUGGGCGGCGAAGACAAUACCAUCGGUUUUAUGAGCUUUAAGCUGACACUGGUGUUCUGGAACAUAGAUGACUACCCAAUCCCUGUAGAUAAAUUUGAUGCUAUUAUGGGUGAUAUUCCAAAAGCUCUUAGUAUAAUGGGCUUUCGUGAUGGGUUUAUGAGUGUGUGGCUGUAUUCUGAGCAACUCAACUACGACAAAAGAGAGUUAUGCGAGGCCGAAGUAAUCUCCACCUACUCAUCCCCCAAUGGUGGGUCUGAAUCAGCGAUACAUUGCAAAGUGCCGUCCAUGACUUUCUAUAUGAUUCGUUACGCAUCAAUGACCGGACCAGGACCUGUAAAUCUUUUUGUUAUCGCAAAACCAGAAAGGGAGCUAAAUAGGGUUCUGCAGUGUCUGAAAUCGAGGCGUCACAAUGUUCUUAUAGUAAAGCCACCGCCGCCUGGUGAAGAGUUUAUCUUUAGUCUAGACUCUCUACUUGAGAAUUCACGUUUUUUAGGUGGAGGAAAGCCUAGACGCAAAGAAUUAUAUAGUCAUUUUGCGGAGGAGUAUGAUGACUACCAAGAAAGGUUUGUAAAGAUCAAACAAGAUGUCUCCAAGACUGUAGAUUUCUCUGAGCGUAUCCCAACCGUCAGAGGGGGUAGGACAGCCGUCUUUUGGGAUGCCGUGGAUUGCCCAUUCCCUCCUUCUUUCACCCCUGAUGAGAUCUACCGCUCUAUCAAGUCAGCUCUUGUGGCAAAGCAGUUUAGUAAAAAGAAUAUUACAAUCUGGGCCUAUCUUGAUGAUGAUGAUGACGACAAGAAAGGGUCUUCGAGGGAUGCCUUACUGCGUGGUGACAAGACGUGGGCUUCAAGAAUCUACUUUCUUCCCGCAGGGGAUAAAGCCGCGAGACGUAUCAGAAUGUUGAAUGACAUGUAUUUAUGGGAAAGGGACACUCGUUGUACUGGAACGAGUUUGGUCCUUUUCGCAGAUCAUUUCAAAGAUGACGCCUACUACACCCACAUGCUUGAACUAUUGCAUGACAUGCGUUACGAUGUUAUCUUUGUCACUCCCACUCCGGACAUCAGCAAUCCAGACACUCCCGAAUGGCCGCUAUUGCUACUAGAUAAAGGAGCAGCCUGGUUUGCUGAUGAUGAUGAAACAAGCCAAAUGCAUCAUGAAGCCGAACAAGAAACACCUGAGAAGCUUCCAAUUACGAGUGACAUCAGGGUUGAUGAUCUAACAAGCGAAAGCUCUCAAGAUUCUGAGCCCGAAGAGAUGCAGACUGACGAAUUUAACUUUGACACAUCAGGGUUGCUUAUAGAGGAAGGACCUGCCUGGGAAAACGAUGCCGUCGAAGAAGAUUCACCUGACGACCUUCCCGUGUAUCGCUGGGAUCCUGCUAUUCGGAUGUACAGACUUAAAAGCAUGUUCCCCAAAAAGAAGCAUCAACCCCAGGCGGCGCCAGAUGAAGAAACGCCUCAGAAACUUGCCACGCAUGGCCAUUAAACUACGGUUUAGCCAAUUAAAGAUUAAUUGUGCCUUUUUGUAAUAACCAAGUUUUAGCGUUUGCGUUUUUGAUCUGCAUUCGGUGAUUCACUCAGGUUGUAGAAAGAUAGUGAUUCAUGAUGAAUUGCAUAUAGAACAGAGGCUUGACCUAACAAAUCCAAAGUAAAUUUGACUCUGUAGCUGAUUCAAAUGAUUUGCAUUA